GACAACUAACUGACGCAUAAUUGACGUUUUCUUUUGUGAUAUAAAUUUUUUCCAAAAUUAGUGUAUUUUAGAUUUUAGAAAACAAUAAUUCGUUUCAAUACAUGCCUAAUUGUAAAUGUGAUAAAUCAUAGAACAAUACAAACAAACUACUUAGUAAUAUGGCCGAUGAUUUAAGGAAUUAUAAACUUCAAUUACAGCAGGUGGAAGCAGCAUUACUAACGGAUCCACAAAAUGAAGAACUAUUAAAGCUGAAAACGGAUUUAGAAGAAGUAAUUGAGUUGACACGCGAUCUUAUAAAAACUCAGGAGGGUGAAUCCAAAGUUCAUAAUAUUCAUAGUUCUAGUAAUGAUGAUGAUGUUGCAGCUUCCCUGUUGGCAGCGGAGGAAGGCGAUGUCGGAGAGUCGGAGCCAAAGUGGAGGAUUGGCGAGAAAUGCUUGGCCAAGUGGAAGGCAGAUAACAUGUUUUACGAGGCUACUAUAGAAGAUAUAGGGGAAAGUAGUCUCAAAGUAAAAUUUGAAGGUUAUACAACAUUCGAAACAGUCUCUAUUUUAGAUGUUAAGUCUUUGGGAACAGGCACAAAACGACCACUAGCUGGUGAUGAAAGCAAGCAUGGCAAAGGUUACAACAGAGAGUAUUUAAAAAAGAAAAAGCAAAAAAAGCAACAAAGGUUCAAACAAAUUGAAGAGGAAAGAGAGAGUGAGAAAAAUAAAUGGCUCUCAUUUCAUACCAAAGCUUCAAAGAAACCUGGAGUGCGAACAAAAAGUAUAUUUGCAUCACCUGACAAUUUGACUGGCCGCGUUGGAAUUGGAACUUGUGGUAUAUCAGGGAAACCAAUGACUGAGUAUACACCAGGAGAAAAGUGGAAGAAGGGUGGAUAAUGUGCAAAAGUUCUAGUGUAAUUUUAGGUUAACUUAGUUUAAUAAACUAUUACUGAAUGUAAUGACUUAAUAAAUUUUUUUUUAUUAAA